AUGUCGGGUUCCCCGGCCUGGGCUGCUGCUGCUUGCGAUGGACCCCUGGGUCUCCGAAAGUCUUGGACCGAGCUGCUGGCGGGCAGAGUCAAGAAGCAAAAAUAUAAUCCUGAAAGGGAACAGAAAUUAAAGGAUUCCGCUCUGCAACUCCUGAGAUACCACCAAAAUAUGAAUGACCUUUUACUAGAGGUAGAAGAUCCACAAUGUAAAAAAUUGUGUCUCAGCAAACUGAUCGAUUGUGACAGUGCUUCAGCUGCCUCUGAUCACUCCAGUUCCUUCAUACGUUCUGCUUUUCGGGAUCAAGCCUCGAGGCUGGGAGUUCCUGUGGGGUUACUGUCUGCCAGAGUGUUCGCUUGCAGUGUGCGUCAGGUCUGCGUGGAGCCCAGCCACCCUGUGCUGCUCAGCUCGGAGCAAAGAAAGAAGCUGUCUUCCUUGUUAGAGAUCGCUCGGUAUCUGUUGGCACACAAUAUGUUCUCCCGGCUUACCUUCUGCCAGGAAUUAUGGAAAGCGCAGAACUCUUUGCUGCUUGAAGCUGUGUGGAGUCUCCAUGUGCACCGUGUUGUGAGCCUACAAGAGCUACUUCAAAGCCAUCCUGACAUGCAGGCCAUGACCACGUGGCUCUUCAGGAACCUCUGCGCUCUGUGUGAACAGAUAGAAAUGCCAAGCCCAUCCUCUGAUGCCACUAAAGCCAUGCUUUCUGGUUUUGUGCAACUGUUGGUUUCUAGUGCAUUUCCGCAAAGCUCAGAACCAAGACUUGGGGAGCCUGAAAAGAUGACCCAGGUUGCUACUGACGUCCUGCAGAGAAUGCUGACUUUUGCACUUGAUACCCUGGACGCUGGUCCACAGGUGACGUCGGCUCACCAGGCAGCGAGGGGCUGGUUGAGUGCAUACUCUGGACAUGUAUGCUGUGGUAUGAUCGGAGUGGAUUCUCACAAGAGGUUCUUCAGCCACACUCUAACCCAGAUUCUGACUCACAAACCCGUGCUGAAAGUGUCUGACGCCAUUCAAAUGCAGAAGGAGUGGAGCUUUGCAAAGACUUGUCAGGAGCUCACCACUCUGUACUGCAGGGUCUUGGUGAUGCUGGGUCCAGAGGAGUCGGUUGGCCGUUUGCGGGAAGUCCUGGAGUCGCAGGAGGUGAACUGGCAGUAUGUGCUCUCCUGUCUGUCUACACUGGUUGUCUGCUUUCCCGAGGCACAGCAGCUUUUUAAAGACUGGGUGGCCUCUUUGAUGGCCCAUGCCUUUGAGAGCUACCACCUGGACAGCAUGGUCACUGCGUUCCUGGUUGUGCGUCAGGCUACUCUGGAAGGCCCCUUUGUGUUCCCAUCCUACGCAGACUGGUUCAAGGAAUCCUUUGGGAGCUCACUUGGCUACCACAGCUGCAGCAAGAAGGCCCUGGUUUUCCUCUUCAAGUUCCUGUCUGACCUUGUGCCCUGGGAACCGCCUCGGUACAUGCAGGUGCAUAUUUUCCACCCACCGCUGGUCCCCAGCAAGUACCACUCCCUCCUUACAGACUAUAUCUCGUUGGCCAAGACGAGGCUUGUUGACCUCAAGGUUUCCGUAGAGAACCUGGGACUCUACGAGGAUUUGUCCUUCUCUGGGGACGUUGCUGAGCCUCAGAGACAAGCGAUGCGGGAUGUCAAGAAGGCCAUUGUGGUGUUUGAACAGACAGGGAAGAUCCCAAUGCCUGUCCUGGAGGCCAGCAUAUUCAGGAGGCCCUACUACCUGUCACGCUUCCUCCCAUCCCUGCUCACGCCGAGAGUGCUCCCAGAGGUUCCUGAUUCCCGGGCAGCCUUUAUCGAGACUCUGAAGAGGGCAGAUAAGAUUCCCUCAUCGUUAUAUGAUGCCUACUGCCAAGCCUGUGCCACCACUGAGGAGAAGCAGCCUGAAGAUGCCACCCCAGGAAAAAGGCCUGAGCCUGACCAAGCUGAACAGCCCCUGGGCCUGCUCACGGCAGCACUUGAAGAGCUCAGAGCUUUAAUGACAGACCCCACCCAAUAUGAUGUUAUGUCUGCUCAGGUGGCUGUGAUUUCUGAAAGACUAAGUGCCGCUUUGGGUCACAAUAGUGAUGACGGCAGCCUCCGGAGAUCGAAGAUUCAGCUCAACGUGCUUAACCCCACACUCCAGAGACAGGACCAGGCUGUUGUGGAUCUCCUGCUCACAGCCUUCUGUCAGAACCUAAUGGCAGCCUCUAGCUUUGUGCCCCCGGAGAGGCAGAGCCCCUGGGCUGUCCUUUUUGUAAGGAUCCUUUGUGGACCCGUGAUCUUCCCUGCAGUGCUCAGUCGGCUCUGCCAGCUGCUCUACCACCAGGGCCCAAGCCUGGGUGCCCCUCAUGUCCUGGGGUUGGCUGCCCUUGCCGUCCAUCUGGGCGAGUCCAGGUCCAUGCUUCCAGAGGUGGAUCCAGGUGUUCUCGCUCCUGCUGGCAGCCUUUGUGUCCCUGAGUUUUUGAACAGCCUCCUCACCUGCCGCACAAGGGAAUCUCUGCUCUUCUGCAUGAAAUUCUGUACAGCAGCGAUUUCUUACUGUUUGUGCAAGUUCUCGGCACAGCCCCAUGCUGCCCUGCAGAACUGUUUAUCUCCAGGCCUGAUCAAAAGGUUUCAGUUCAUUGUGUUAAGAGUGUUCUCAGAGGCCAGAACACCUUGUCCUCCAGAGCACACAGCGUCCCUCUCCUGGAGACCCUCCGACCUUCCUCCUGCAGACUGGCAGAGUGCUGCCCUCUCUCUGUGGAGAUGGAGCAGCUUCCAAGAGCUCUUGAAGGAGAAGGAAUUUUAUUUGACUUACAGAGACUGGGGGCAGCUGGAAUUGGAAAUCCAACCUGAAGUUGAUAUUCUCUCGGACACAGAAAGGCGUGACUUCCACCAGUGGGCAAUCUAUGAACACUUCUUGCCAGCACCAUCUGCUUUGGGAGGCUGUGAUGGAGAUCUGGAAGCGGCAUUCACAGUCCUUGUCAGUGAGCUGAUGGACUUCUACCAAAGUUCGAGGAGUUAUAAUCACUCACCGGACUCUGAUUUGGUUCUUGGUGGCCGCACAGGAAAUGAGGAUAUUCUUUCCAGGCUACAGGAGAUGGCUGUGGACCUGGAGUUGGAUCAAGGCUCUUCUGCCUCCUAUGGCUGUUCAGCUUCUCAGAGUCACAUUCUCUUCCGCCUAUUCAGAAGACGGCUCCAUGCUCUGGCAAAGGGGCACAGCACGGCUACUAGCCUUAGGAGACAGCGAGAGCUGCUCGUAUGCAAACGGCUUCUCCUCCGCCUGCCUCCAUCAGUUCUUAUGGGCAGCCCCCAGGCCAGACAACCUGUGUCCCCCAACUGUGAGGAGUUCUUUAACCUGGUCAACUCUGAGUUGAGAAACUCCUGUUGCCACGGCAGUGUCCUGACCCAUGAUAUUACCAUGCACUUCUUCAGGGGGCUCCUUAAUGUGUGUUUUCGAAGUGAAGACCCAGCAUUGGUGGCCAACUUGACCUUGACAGAGUGCCAGAGCAAAUGUCCCAUUAUUCUGACCUCAGCCCUGCUGUGGUGGUCAAGCCUGGAGCCAGUGCUGUGUAGUCGGUGGAAGAAAUGUUAUCAGGGCAUACUGCCGCGGGAGCUGCAGAGACUACAGGAGGCCCGGGAGUUUGCUAGCAGUCUCCUCUCUGGUUCAGCUUCCCCAGCACCCAGCCCGGCCUGGAUCUCAGCUGCUGCCCUGCACUUUGCAACUAGAGAAGUUAGGACAGAAAAUGUCAGGGCGCAUCUGAAAAGGCUAGACUGCGAGAGAAAGGAGCUGCUCAUCUUCCUCCUCUUCUUUUCCUUGAUGAGCCUACUCUCGUCCUACCUGACCCAACAGGACACUGCUGAGUAUCUGAAAGCCAUGGACAUCUGUGCCGAGGUCCUCAUGUACUUGGGAAGAAGGAAGGUUUCCUGGCUGGUGCUCUUCCAGUUGACAGAGACAGAUGCCGAGCUGGGGCACCUCCUCCACUUGGCCCCAGAUCAGCACACCAGGCUGCUACCAUUUGCCUUCUACAGUCUUCUCUCCUACUUCAGUGAAGACGCCAUCAUCAAGGAAGAGGCUUUCCUGCAUGUCGCUGUUGACAUGUACCUGAAGCUGAUGCAGCUCUUUGUGGAUGGGGAAACCAGGACUGUGUUACCUCAGGCCAGCAAACGCUUAAAGCUCCAAGGUAGCCCUGUACAACUGAUAACGGAAGCACGUACUUUUCUGCUGCAGCUAAUACCUCAGUGCCCAAAACAGCACUUCUCCAAUAUGAGAGAGCUGCUGGCUGGCCGAGAAGACUGUGACCCUGAGAUGAGCAACAUCCUCCUGCAAAGGUGGCAGGCUGGCCCGAGCUUUGAUCUCUACCAGGAGCCUCAUCUGUUCUGACUGCCUGUC